AUGGAAAUAAUAUCAAAGGAGUUCAUAAGACCCUCGUCUCCAACUCCAUUUGAAAAGAAAGACCACAAACUGUCUCUUUUGGAUCAGUUCUCCUCACAUUAUUUUAUCCCUUUCCUUUUCUUCUAUCCAAAACAGUCACCUCACUCAAAAGAUGUCAAUUUUGAUGAUCCUUCAAAAACGACCCUUUAUUUAAAACAGUCUUUGUCAGAGUCUUUAACUAAAUUCUACCCUUUAGCAGGCAAGUUGAACCCGAAUCGCCGUGCUGUUAGUUGCGACGACUCUGGAGUACUUUUUGUAGAAGCUAAGUUUGAUGCAUCCCUCUCACAAGCAGUCCAAGCUGGCCCUUGUGAAAGUUUUUCUCAAUACUUGCCAUUUGAACCAGUUAUUGGUGGCCGCGAUGAUAAACUAUUACCAUCACACCCAAAAGAACAAAUAGUAUUCGCAGUCCAAAUCACUUGGUUCAGAUGUGGAGGAAAUGCUAUUGGAGUAUGUAUGUCUCACAAAGUAGCCGAUUUUUCAUCUCUGGUGAUGUUCCUGGAUUCGUGGUCCGCCUUAAAUCGCGGUGAAACUGUUGGAUCAGUACCAAACUUUGAUUUGGGGAGGAAAAUUUUUCCCCCACUAGACCGUGAUGUAGGCUUGCCUAAUCUAGUCCGCUUAGAGGAGGACAGGAAGGUUGGGUUGAAGCGGAUUGUUUUCGGCAAGGAGAAGCUACUAGAGUUGAAAAAACUGGCAACUUCAUCCCACUCGCCGGCAUCAUCACCGGUAGUGAACGAUCCCACUCGGGUGGAAGUGGUUACUGCGUUUCUUUGGAAGCAUUUUAUCAAUGUGGAACGAGCUAAAAAUCAAGGUGGUUGUGCUAAACAAAUAAUGUUCAACAUGUGGCAUGCUGUGAACUUGAGAAGUAGGAUGAGCAAAUUGGCUGCAUCAUCAAUAUCUUGUAAUGGUGGUGGUGGUGACGACGAUGAUGAUAGCAUUAAUGAUCGAGGUGAGUUUCCUUUCGGGAACUUUGCAAUUUCUACAAAAGCGUCAUUCAUCUCCAAUGAGAAUGAUGAGGCGGGAGCCAAAGAUUUCGGUGAUCUGGUUAGGCUCACGAGUGACGCAUUCAAGAUUGUCAACGAGGAUUUUGUUCUCAAUUGUGCGGUUCCUUUGUUGAAAACCCUGGAUGACAAUAGAAUUACGGAAAUAUUAUGGCCACCAACAAUGAUGAUGAGCCAUAGCAUGUUUACCAGUUGGUGCAGAUUCCCUUUGUAUGAAAUGGACUUUGGUUGGGGAAAGCCCACAGCGGUUGGCGUUGCUGGUCAACAGAACCGCAAUGUGGUAUUCUUAAUGGACACAAAUGAUGGAGAAGGAAUAGAGGCAUGGAUGGCCAUACCAGAAGACGACGAAUUGACUUUGCUUCCGGACGACUUACUUUCAGACUCGCCUCCCAUUGAUCUUUUUUCAUCUGCCUCAUGA